CAACAGUGAGUGUGUGAAGUUCUUACUGAAGAAGAGAUGAAGACGCUGCACUUGGCUCUGAUUCUGCUCUCGCUGUCCGGUGUUCUUACUCAAGACAGUGGAUGGGGUGUGAAAUACACAGAUAAUCUGACCUCUGCUGUGAGAGGAUCCAGUGUCUCCAUUCCCUGUAGUUAUUAUUAUCCAACAUCAAACAUUCAGGUGACACAAAGGCUUUGGUGCUCAAUGAACUCAAACACAGAAAGGUGUACAGCCCCUCCGUAUGUUUAUAACAGCGCAUCAAACACCACGUCGGACUUUGAGUACGUUGGAGACGACAAAUCAAACUGCACUUUGUUAAUCCACAAUGUACAGUUCAGUUAUUCUGGAGAGUACAGAUUCAGAUUUAUAACUGAUGUGCCCAAUGGCAAAUGGACAGGACAACCUGGAGUGACUCUACAAGUUACAGAUUCUGAAAAUCCUAAGGAUCUCGAGAAUCUUGAUCGUUGGUCAGUCUGGAUGAUUGUUGGUGUAACAGCUGGAGUGAUCGUCAUCGUUUCAGUUAUUUUAGGAGCUGCGAUUUAUAUCAGGAGUUCACAGCAAUUAACGUCCGGUUUGUGCCUCAGAAAGGGGUCUCUGCAUGAGAGCGGGAGUGUCCACACUGUACAGCAGAAGGAGGACGACUCUCAGGUCUAUGCUAAUGUCCAGCAGACAGAGGACGAUCAUAACAUCUACGCUAAUGUAUAACAUUGACCUUAUUUGUUGCUCAGGUGUUCCACUUCUUGGCUUUGCUGUAUCUGAUUUAGGUAUAUCUAAUCAUAAAUCAGUCUCUUUCACUGUUGAUGUCUCAUUAUCCAAAUAUUUAGUCUUGUCUAGUCUUCUCUAAAAACAAUAAUAAACAAUGUCUCACACAGUGACAACAACUCCAAACUGGAAACCUCUUGUGCACCUUUGUUAUGUGUACAAUUUCUUUAGAAAGAAGAAGACACAAUGUGUGUUCAAAGUAAUAGACCCUUUGGUGCAUGUCAUCAGUUUUGAUUUCAACUGUUUCAACUGUUUCAAGGCAGUUGUUCAGUAAUUUCAUUGUUUCUUUCUAACAUUGGUAAAAGAAUCAUAAUUAUUUGUAUAAGAGGAAUCAUUUUCAGUUUGGUGUGAAUUAAAAAUGCUCUUUUUUCUUAAAUUUAGCCCAAGAUUUAUAAGCAAUUGAAAUUUAUACCAGUCAGGGUUUGAAC